AUGGCCACUGGAGUUAACAGAAAAAUUUCUGCAGCAUCAGCUCGUUCUCACACCAGGAGAGCCAACAAAUCCUCCUCUUUUCACCUCCCUUCUGGAAUACUUAGAACAACAGUAGCAGUGUUGGUUAUUGGGUUUCUAGCAUGGGCUUAUCAAGUUACCCAACCUCCUCCUCCUAACAUAUGUGGCUCUCCGGAUGGACCACCUAUAACCGCGCCAAGAAUCAAGCUAAGAGAUGGAAGGCAUUUGGCUUACAAAGAGCACGGUGUUCCUAAAGACGAAGCGAAGUAUAAAAUCAUCUCUAUUCAUGGUUUUACCAGUUGCAGGCAUGACACAGUGGUUGCCGACACCCUAUCCCCUGAUGUUGUUAAGGACUUAGGGGUCUACUUUGUAUCUUUUGAUAGACCUGGUUAUGGGGAGAGCGAUCCCGAUCCAAAUCGUACGUUAAAGAGCAUUGCUUUGGAUGUAGAAGAGCUUGCUGAUCAGCUGGGGUUGGGGUCUAAAUUUUACGUGGUCGGUGUUUCCAUGGGCGGACAAGUUGUUUGGAACUGUCUUAAGCACAUUCCUCACAGGCUAGCAGGUGCCGCGCUCUUAGCUCCAGUCGUCAAUUUCUGGUGGCCUGAUCUUCCUGCAAACUUAGCUGCUGAAGCCUAUAGCCAAUAUAAAUUACGUGACCGAUGGGCUAUUCGUGUCGCACAUUACACGCCAUGGCUAACGUACUGGUGGAACACUCAAAAAUGGUUCCCAAUUUGUAGUGCAAUUUCCCGUAGUCCAGAUAUUCUUUCAAAACAAGACAAAGAGCUUAUAUCUAAGUUGUUGAAUGAUAAAGAUAAUCAUGUGGCACAGGUAAGACAGCAAGGGGAAUACGAAAGCAUCCACCGCGACAUAAACAUUGGAUUUGGGCGCUGGGAAUAUACUCCUUUGGAUAUUCAAAAUCCAUUUCCAAACAACGAAGGUUCCGUUCAUCUCUGGCAAGGAGACGAGGAUAUUUUGGUUCCCGUUACGCUACAACGAUACAUUGCGCAAAACCUUUCGUGGAUUCACUACCACGAGCUUCCAGGUUCCGGCCACCUCUUCCCUCACGCCGAUGGAGUGAGUGAGACUGUCAUUAAGUCACUUUUAGGCGUGAAGUAG